AUGCUUGGAUUUAGUCAAACACACGAUUUAUCCUCAAUGUAUACUCCAAAUCGUACAAUGAUCGAUUGGUCUGACCAAACAUUAUCAACAAAUAAUUUUUGUGAUGAAAUCGAUGAAAUUGAUGAAAUCAUGAAACAUGAACAUGAAGAUGUUAUAUUACUUGAUGAUUCUUUAUCCGUCCCACCACUCGACCUUGAUUUAGAUUCAAUAUCUGAUCUACUUGAAAAUCCUUCAUCAUCAUCAAUAGCAACAUCAAAUUUUACUGAACCAUUGAAUAUAAAUGAACUCACAUCAACAUCGACAGCAUUUUCAAUGAAUAAUAAUAAUAAUUCACGUUCAACAACAACAUCUGCAUAUUCAUCAUUAGGUAUAAGUCCUAAAUUUACAACAUUAAGUUUAAAUAAUCAUUAUAUUCAAUCAAAUAAUUUACAUCUACCACUAUUUGUUCAACAACAAGAUAAUUCUAUUUUUGGUACAUCGUAUCCUAAUGAAUUACAAAGUAAUACAAAUGGUCAAUCGGAUGUAAAACGUUUUCGAUCGGCUAGUAUGAAUGAUGGACCAUCAUCAUUACAUCAACAUAAUAAAUUAGAUCUUACUAUAUUCGACCCAAAUCGUUUUAAAAGUCCAAAUUAUGUUAAUCUUCCAUCGUAUCAAAAUAAACCAGCAUCAUUAACAGUUUCGACAGAUGUGUCAUCGAAUUCGGCUUGGUGUCCUCGACCAUCAUCAAAUUCAUUUUCUGAAGUUGAAAAUCAACAGCAACGACUUCGAUUAAAAUCGAAUCUAUCAUCAUCAUUCAAUGGUUCAUCGAAUUUUCAUUAUCGUCGACAAGCUAGAUUUCCAAAUGAAACGAAAUUUCAACCACAAACAUUAUAUUCAAUUAAUCAAUCGACAAAUGAAGAUUCAACACCUCCAACUCGCAAACGUCCAUCAUUAGUUGAUUUUCCUGUUGAAGAAAUCAAAGAUGAUCCAAGUAGUCCAAGUUGUACUAUCGAACAACACAGUGAGACUGAACUUUGGUCAGAUUAUGAACAAAAUUCUUCUGAUCAUAUACAAGAUGAUGAUAAUAAUCUAACUUCAGAUGAUGAUGAUGAUGAUGAAACAACUGUAUCAACAAGACCAAAAACUAAACGAAUACUUUAUUUAAAAGAACGUGAUCCACAUUUACAUCGUGAAUUUAGUGAUCCUGUUUAUCAAAUAAAAUUAACUCAAACAAAAGGACAAACAUUUAAUAAACUUCGUAAAGGUGAUGGAAAUGAUGUUACACCAAAUCCAAUGAAACUUUACGAACUUGGAAAACAAAUUCGUGAUCUUUCAAAUAAUUCAUCAUCUGUUUAUCAUGGAAUUUAUCAUGCUGAUCCACAUACAAAUAAUAAUGAUACAGCAGAAGUUAAAAAAGAAAAGAAUAAAAUUGCUAGCAGAGCAUGUCGACUUCGUAAAAAAGCUCAACAUGAAGCAAAUAAAGUUAAACUACAUGGUCUCAAUGAAGAACACAAAUCAUUAAUCGAUAUAAUUGCAUCGACAAAAUUAAUUAUUCUCAAACGAUAUCAACAGGGUCAACUUACUUCACCAUCUUCAUCACCAAAUAGUUCACUCGAAGCUGCAUUCGAUCAACUUAUUGCUAAUAAAUACAAUCAACCAGUAGCUGGAAAUUCUGAUGGUUUUGUUCAAACAAUUAUAAACGAUAUGGAACUUUUAUAUACUCCCAAACAACAACGCAGUUACAGUCUUAAUACAUAA